UUUUACUUCUCCUACAGCAUUAGGUAAUCUAGAGUAAAAGAAAGACCAAAAUCCCAAGGGAAUGGGGAUUUGGGUUCUCUGGUUAUUGUUAUAUAUAUUGGCCUUUCGUGUCAAAAGAACCACCGAUUUAACAAAGAGAAAAAGUAAAGCAAUACCUUCAUUCUUCUGAUACAAAUUGUUUGCUUCCAGCUUUCUUUGUUGAUCCAUCAAUCAAUACAACAAUAAUAUUACACCUUCCUGGGAUUUUGAUCCAUCAACUAUGGCAUGGAAAACUUUUUUACCAACGUCACCAAGUUUUGGAGAUGAUGACGACAAGGCAGGCAGUGAAGAAAGAGUAAGGUGCCGGUGGCGGCGGCGAUGGCGAUGGCGAUGGCGGUGCUAAUUUCUCGGACUUACCUGAGGACAUAUUAAGAUUGAUAGAAUCUUGCCUGUUUAUAGGGGAUCGAUUAGCCUUCAAUGCUAUAUGCCAAGCCACAAAAUCGAUCCAGAAUCGUCCUACUACUUAUCGUGCAUACUCUUCCUGUCCAAAAUUAAUAUUGCAUGAUGACCAAACUCAAAUAUUCCAUUUUGCCUACAACUUCUUGGACGACAUUGACAUCCCAGAGCUUAAGCAUACCAGAAUAGUUGGAUCCAAGUUCGGCUGGUUAUUGAUGUCCGUGGAUAAGACAGAAAGUCUGUUACUCUUCAACCCUUUUACAAAUCAAAAGAUCCAUAUUCCAGAUGCUUGGGUGCCAUCUCACAAUAUCAUGGCAUUAACCUGUACCUCUUCACCGACAAGUUCGGAUUGUUCUGUAUUUCUAAUUUGUUGUUUUCAAGGUCUUAUGGUAUUUGGUUGCGCCCAGAAUGGGAGCGGGGUUUGGGUUUGGAGGUUUUGUAUCUCAGGGAAGCUGAUUAAUUUUCCAAUUUCCAACUGUGCCAUUCUUUCCCACAAUGAUGAGUACCUCUACUACUGCUUGGAUGUGAAGGGCCGUGUAGCUAUUUUUCAUACAGGACGCUUUAAGUGGUACUUUAAGAAAUCCCGGCGAGUUGGAUGGGCAGAUGUGCCGUCAAAACUGGUGAAUCGGAGCUAUUUGGCUGCAGGGGAUGAUGGAAAAGAGGCUUAUGCUGUGAUUGUUAGCCAUAACGCUACACAAGUGAGAGUUUACAAGCUAAACCCUUCUGAAGCUACGUGGAUUCGAGUUGAAAAUCUUAGAGACAAGAUGCUGUUUGUCAGUGGAACUACAUCCUUUGUGGCAAGGGCUACGGAAAAGCGGAUGGGUAACAAAAUCUACUUUCCCAAGUUUCAUGGCAAAAAUGGUGUGUUUUAUUCUUUGACUACCAAAAAAUAUCACUCAUAUGAUGGUCAAUUCCCAACUGAAGACCCUUCUGGAUUGAUCGAUGUGGCGUCUUCUUCAACUUGGAUCCAACAAUCCUUGUAUUAGCUUUUCGCUGGAUAACAGAUGAGAUGCAAUUUAAUUUGGUGCUUAUAAUAUUAGUAUAGUUAGCGGUUGACAUUAUUGUGUAUUAGGUUUUCUUUUUGAGAUCAGAAGCAACUUCUUGUAGGCAAACAUCCUGCAUUGUUUUUUGAGUCUCCUUCUCAAUUUUG